UACUAUAUGUGUUCGCUAUUUUAGCAUAUCCCGAUAUGAUGGCAAAUGAACUGGAAAUAAUCCUAGAUGGACAGGCAUUUCAAAAGGAAAUUGCGCUGAAUAGAUUAUCAUCAAUAACUCUCCAACAAGCUCGUAGAAACGUAAUUCACGUCAAUGACGCGUCAACGAGCAUACAUGCCCUCGAGAAAACGCUGAGAGAGUCCACUGACAUGUUCAUCCAAAAUUUAGACAAAAUCUCUAAGAUUGAUAUUAAAGAUAAAAAAUCAACACCUCUCGAGUCUGGAACGCCUUUGGAGUCUCUGGAAUCUGCUGGCACACUGUCGUCAAAAACAUCAGAAGAUAUCAGCGAGCAGAGUGCAGAGAUGAAGGAAGAAAUUUCGCCGGUCGACUCUUUCACGCCGCUAGAAGCGGCCGCGAUAUCUUGUAUCCUGGAGGAGUGUUUGGACCAGCUCACCAUAAUCGGAUUCAUGAUACCGGCCAAUGUUGACACACGCUGGGACGAGACGUUUAAGACAAUCGACGAAACAUAUGGGGUACCUGAUGAGCCUAGAAUAAUUUUCAGAGAAGACAUGGGCCUGUUACCAGUCGUACCUACGGAGGCUGAAAAAAUGCAGAAAGACAGGUGCUCAGAAACACAUCUUCGUAUGCAUUUGUUAUAACACUUGUGCGAAAAUGUACUCUA